AUGUUGGCGUGGGGAAGGAGAGGAGGUGGUCGUUGCCGGCGCCGAGAGAGAAGGAGGGGAGUUGGCGGCGGAAACAAAACCAUAAAGAACUUGAGCCAGAUGCGAUCUGGUCCCAGAAGAAAGAGAGAGAGGGAGAGAGAGAGGGAGAUAGAGGAAAAGGUGGUGGCCGGAAGUCGGCGCCGGCGAGGCGCGCAUGUGAAGGAGGAAGAAGAUCCUCCCCUGGCGGCGGCAUGUCCAUCGGGAGAAGAGAGGAAGAAGGCUACCGCUGGUGUCGCGAGAAGAAGAGGGAGAGGAAGAGAGGUGGCGGUCGGUAGUGAGGAGAAGGAGAGGAGUGGAGAAGAGGUGGCCGGCGACCUCGGCUCCGGCGAAGAGACUAAGAGGGAGGCAGAAGCUACUGUGACGACGGAAGCAAACAACCCCAAAAAACGCACCUCCCUCCUCGCUACCGUACGCCCCUCUCCCUCCUAA